AUGGGUUGGUAUUCGAUGCACGCGUGGUGCGUGCGCGCCGCCCGCCCCGCGCGCCUCCGUCCGCCCAGCCACGCCAUCGCAACCCCAGUCACGGAACCCCUUAAUAACAUCACUGGCGUGAAGCUCGGAGGAGCUGGUAGCGGCAUCGUUACGCGCGCUCCGCUGAACCCGCGAGUGACACCGACGAGCCUCUCGACGACCAAAUCUCACCAGCCGAAGUGUAUUAAA